AUGCCUCUCAACCUUGCCGCGCAGGCUGCGGCGCUUGACGAGGAAGAUGAGCUGCGCCACAUCAGGAACGAGUUCCGCAUACCAACCAAGGCUGACAUAAAACGCAAUACACUUGCCCAACAAGAUUCGGACAAGUCACUCACAACCGGUGACGCGUCAAGCUGUACAUAUCUCUGUGGAAACUCGCUGGGCCUACAGCCUAAAAGAACGGCCACCCGGAUCAAGCAGUAUCUUGACACCUGGGGAACGCAAGGUGUCCAGGGCCACUUCAAGCCCCUGGACGACUCGCCAUUGCCGACAUGGCUCGAUGCGGAUGCGCGUGGUGCACAGUUGAUGGCUCCGAUUGUCGGGGCGGACGAGUCAGAGGUUGCAGUUAUGCAGACCCUGACUGCCAAUCUGCAUUUGCUCAUGACGGCUUUCUAUCACCCUGACCCCAAGGGUAGGCACAAGAUCAUAUUGGAAAGCAAGGCCUUCCCCAGCGAUCAUUUCACGGUUCUUAGUCAGAUUUACCAUCAUGGCCUGUCGCCGGAAACAUCCAUGGUUCAGAUUGAGUCUCCUUUCUCGGAAGACAAUAUACUUAGCACGUACGACAUCGAGUCAUUGAUCUCGCAGCACGCAGAGGAUACGGCAAUCAUCUUGCUUCCGGGUAUUCAAUACUACACGGGCCAACUUCUCGACAUUCCUACAAUUACAUCGUUCGCCCACAAGCACGGUAUUUUUAUCAUCUGGGAUCUCGCUCAUGCAGUGGGAAAUGUGCCACUUCACCUCCAUGACUGGGACGUUGAUGCAGCGGCAUGGUGCACUUACAAGUACCUCAACGGUGGACCCGGCUGCAUAGGAGGCAUGUUCAUCAACUCCAGAAAUAGUCUAGUGACGUCGACCAUCACAGACGAGGGUCCAGAGCGCGGCUAUGGCAAGAGACUGUCAGGAUGGUGGGGAAACGACAAAGCCACUCGCUUCACCAUGGAAACCAAGUUCCAUCCCGUAAAAGGGGCUGCCGGCUUUCAACUGAGCAACCCAAGUAUCCUCGACAUUACAAGCCUCAGCGCAUCCUUGGAGGUGUUCGAACUCGCCGGCGGCUUGGCACCUGUGCGGGAGAAGUCAAGGAAGCUGACUGCCUUCCUGGAAUAUUGCUUGGAGGGGAUGUCUGAUAAAGCCAAAGAGCUGUUCCGGGUCAUCACGCCAUCUGAUGCAGAUCAGCGAGGUGCUCAGCUGAGUCUCCUUUUGUCCGAUGGGCUACUAGGUCCGGUCAUGAAGAAUCUCGAGGAACGGGGUGUGGUUGUGGACGAGCGCCAACCGAAUGUCAUUCGGGUUGCUCCGGCGCCUUUGUACAAUAGCUUCGCAGACUGCGUGGCAUUUGUGGAGGCUUUUGAACCUGUGUUACUGGCGGCUCAAAAGGGGGAGUAG